AUGGCAAUAUGGAGGUCAGCAAAAUCAGAAAGGUUAUUGGCCACUAGGCUUCCGGACCAGCCGCGCAAAUCCAGAGAGAGAGCGGUCAAGCUUAAGCCCCUCCUCCCGCCCCGUCUGAUAACUGGAGAAUUCAGCGGAAAGAAUGAUGAGACGAGACGUACCGAUGCGAAGGUCUUUCAAAGUUCCAAACCGACCCGAACCGACCAACGAUGCUGCCCAGUGGAUUACGGAUUCCUUCUCAUGCUGAGACGAUGGACUGUGCUCCAACGUACGGGUGUUGGAAGAUACGACUCUGAGCGUAAGAAGGCGAGGGAAUAUGACAGUGGCAUCAGCCCAAAAACCUAG